AAGCCUUCAGCAAUCCUUAGCAUAGGGGCACACUCAUGCAUUCCUGUCAAGUCAUCUUGUGAAAGGCUGCCUGCUUCCAGCUUGGCUUGGAUGUGCAACCUUAAUAAAACUCACUGAGGUCUGGGAGAAAAUAGCAGAUCUGCUGCAGAUAGGGUAGGGGAAAGGGUCUAGAAUAUGUACACGCAGCUGACUCAGGCAGGCUCCACGUUGAACGGUUACACAGAGAGGAAACAAUAAAUCUCAGCUACUAUGCAAUAAAUAUCUCAAGUUUUAACUAAGGAAACUACCAUUACAGUGAAAUAAAAAAAAUAACAUUUUAGAACAAAGCUAACAAAUGGCUAGUUUUCUGUGAUUCUUCUUCAAAAGCUUUCUUUGAGGGGGAAAAAGUCAAACAAACAAGCAGUUUUACCUAAAAUAAAAACUAGUUUAAAGGUCAGAAGAAAGGAGCAAGUUUUGCGAGAGGCACGGAAAGAGAUUGCUGGCAGUACAAUGACAGUUUUCCUUUCCUUUGCUUUCCUCGCUGCCAUUCUGACUCACAUAGGGUGCAGCAACCAGCGCCGAGGUCCAGAAAACGGUGGGAGAAGAUAUAACCGGAUUCAACAUGGGCAGUGUGCCUACACUUUCAUUCUUCCAGAACACGACGGGAACUGUCGUGAGAGUACGACAGACCAGUACAACACAAAUGCUCUGCAGAGAGAUGCUCCACACGUGGAACCGGAUUUCUCUUCCCAGAAACUUCAACAUCUGGAGCAUGUGAUGGAAAAUUAUACUCAGUGGCUGCAAAAAAUUGAGAACUACAUUGUGGAAAAUAUGAAGUCGGAGAUGGCCCAGAUACAGCAGAAUGCAGUUCAGAACCACACGGCCACCAUGCUCGAGAUAGGAACCAGCCUGCUCUCUCAGACCGCAGAGCAGACCAGAAAGCUGACAGAUGUUGAGACCCAGGUACUAAAUCAAACUUCUCGACUUGAAAUACAACUGCUAGAGAAUUCAUUAUCAACAUACAAGCUAGAGAAGCAGCUUCUUCAACAGACAAAUGAAAUCCUAAAGAUUCAUGAGAAAAACAGUUUAUUAGAACAUAAAAUCUUAGAAAUGGAGGGAAAGCACAAGGAAGAGUUGGACACCUUAAAAGAAGAGAGAGAGAAUCUUCAAGUCUUGGUUACUCGUCAAACGUAUAUAAUCCAGGAACUGGAGAAACAAUUGAACAGAGCCACCACCAAUAAUAGUGUCCUUCAGAAGCAGCAGCUGGAGCUGAUGGACACAGUGCAUAACCUCAUCAACCUUUGCACUAAAGAAGGUGUUUUACUAAAGGGAGGAAAAAAAGAGGAAGAGAAACCAUUUAGAGACUGUGCAGAUGUAUAUCAAGCUGGUUUUAAUAAAAGUGGAAUCUACACUAUUUAUAUUAAUAAUAUGCCAGAACCCAAAAAGGUAUUUUGCAAUAUGGAUCUUAAUGGAGGAGGUUGGACUGUAAUACAACGUCGUGAAGAUGGAAGUCUAGAUUUCCAAAGAGGUUGGAAAGAAUAUAAAAUGGGGUUUGGAAAUCCCUCUGGCGAAUAUUGGCUGGGGAAUGAGUUUAUUUUUGCCAUAACCAGUCAGAGGCAGUACACACUAAGAAUCGAGUUAAUGGACUGGGAAGGAAACCGAGCCUAUUCACAAUAUGACAGAUUCCACAUAGGAAACGAAAAGCAAAACUACAGGUAA